AUGGCGCCCACAGUGGACGCAGCCGCUCUACCACCCGCGGCGCACUUCGAGCUACACACCACCAAACUCAGCCAGGAUGACGCGUGCCUGCAGUGGCUCAGGAGCCGCUAUUCCCGUGGAGAUGGCGCAGCGCAGCCGAGCCACGCCGUGGCAGAUGCGGACGUACUUUUUGCAAGGGUGGGGAAUGACUUGUCCGCCUGCGCCACGCACCGGUGGGCGCACUUUUCGCGACGUUCGCCAGUCUACGAGGCGACUCCGCCGCGGACGGACAACCUCCAAUCCAACACAACGGCAGUGCGCUGGGAGGAGGGCAAAUCAGCAGAUGGGCACGGUGACGUCACUGUGAGCGUCCAAGAUUCUCACCCGAGGUCUGCCUCAGGGACGCAGAAGGAGCAGAUGCGGUUGGAGCCCUCACGUUAUAUCUUCACAGAGGUGGUGCGCAAGAGAGAACAAACGCGCCUUUCAAAGGCAAUUGCGGCAGCGGGUAGACCGCGUGACUUGACGAGUGCGCCCCGCCCUUUUUUUGGGGGAUACUUUCUCCCCCCGCACUCUGUUGGCCCGACAUCGUUUCUAGUGUUUCCUCAGUGGAUGCACGAUGUCAGUGUGGAUGCCACGCAGCCGCAGGAGCUGCCGUACGUUGUUCGAGGCACGGUUGGCCGAAGGCCCAGACGUGUGGGCAACGACAACGCGGGCAGGGUUGAAGGGGGGCGAGGGUCGCUGCACGAACUGCUGAGAAGCAUUAUUUUCAAUGUCUCCUUUUCCCGCAAGUUUGCCGCCACCACACUGCGGUUCCCCCUGUUUAGCGGUGUAGAUGCCGUGCGGGUGGAGGUAUACGCCAAUAAUGAGACCACGGAGCGUUUGUUCAGUCCUCCCGCCAACACAGACGCCGGAGCGGAUAUCCAGCCGGAGCUUAAAGCAAAGCCGCUUGCCCUUAACUUUUGCGACAGCGGAGCACGCGCCUCAUUUUUUUUUCAGAACCCCCGAUACUCCCUCACGUUGGACAGCGCCUACCGCGUGACACCCCGUUCACCGCAGUCACUCGAGAAGGAGCGGGCCAUUGCCUCUUUGGUAGUUUUAGAUGGCUACGACAGUGCGGUGCAGCGCUUUACCACGCCGCAGCUGCGUCGCUGGUUUCCCAGUGCCACGUACCAUCUGCAGUGGGCUGCGGGGCCAGGUGUGGAGUACGUCAACGAGGGAAGACCUUGGACAGUAUUCGGCAAGGUGAAAACAGAGUGGUGGAUGGAAUGGCCUGUUUUUAAACGCGCUCUUGUUUCCGUCCGUAAUCAGUCUGCACUCGUGCGGCCACUCGCUUUACAGUGCUCGGAGGAACUCGUCCUGGUAAACGACGGUGGCCAUGCUGGUGCCGCCUCGCCCCACCUCAGCAGUGGCUCUGCACACAGUCUGUUUUGGGCGACGCAAGGGCCGAGGUGGGACGCGAAUCUUGUGCGUGGCUUCAAGGACGACUACGCUUCGAUGCACUACGUCUCACGCUGGUACACACUCGUCUCUGCAGAGCUGGCGUCUAGUGGGCGUCGACGUGAGAGGGGCUCAACAAGGUGGAAAACUCCCUCGUGGAUGCUCUACGCAAAUGCCUGCUUUGUGGACUCGUUUACCACACCACCACGGGCGUCUGUUGGGUUUGCCUUUUCUGGAGCCCCGCGCGGCGUCGCCGACGCGUUCAACGUUCUAACCUCGUUCUCCUUUGAAUGCAGCUUUAACUGGUGGCUGGACUUCAGUCAGGGGCGACCCGCACUGGUGUCGGGCGUUGCCCCCGGUAAACGAGCGGAGACGUCGGUGCUGCGGCUCUCCCCAGUCGAAACCUUUCGUCAUUUUCGCUGUGGUUUGACAUGGAAAACGUGA